AUGAAGGCGACGCCUCCCGACUCAACCAUUCUGAUCCUCUUCAUCAAUCGACCCAGCAUCGUCAUUGGCCGGAAUCAGAAUCCCUGGCUGGAGACCAACCUCAACGAGUUGCAUCAGGCCCCAAGUCAUGUCCAGCUGGUCAGAAGACGGAGUGGAGGCGGUGCCGUAUUUCACGACCAAGGCAACGUGAAUUGGAGCGUCAUCCACCCACCCAAGCACUUUGACCGGAACAAACACGCGGAGAUGGUGGUGCGGGCGUUGCACUCCCUGGGGAAGAUAUCGGCUCGGGUCAACGAGCGACAUGAUAUUGUUAUUGAUGCACCCCACCACAGCCAGAACAAGACAUUCAAGAUCUCCGGGAGCGCCUACAAGCUCACGCGCCUGCGCGCCAUCCAUCACGGGACCUGCCUGGUCAACUCUCCUCACCUCGCACGGAUAGGACCUUUUCUGCGUUCACCAGCGGAAAAGUACAUUCAAGCACUUGGAUCUGCCAGCGUGAGGAGCCCAAUCACCAAUGUCGAUGUCUCCAUCGAGCCAUUCCUCGCGGCGGUCAAAGAUGAGUUUACCAAGAUGUACGGUCUGCCCGAUGUCGCGUUCACGGACCGAGCCGAAGAAGGCAUGGCUGUGGCAGAUGUACAGAAAUCUUGGGAAGAGCUAGAGUCAACUGAAUGGACCUUUGGUCAGACGCCCAAGUUCACUUUCUCGACACAUCCCACAGAGAACGACACUCGGCCCAGGGAUGGCGUGCCAGGCAAGACGAAGAUAUGGUUCAUGGCGAAUAAGGGCGUCAUCGACCAGUUUCAGAUAGAUGACGUGGAGCAAGCAGCGUUCAAGGGUAUCAGGCUCUACGAACCCUCGCGUUCUUCGUGGGCAGAGAGGCUUCGCCAGACUGGCCUAGACGCGCGAGAGGCGCAGGUCAUGGGCGACUGGCUGAAGGGCAUGUUGGGAGGUGGCGUCUUUGAGAGGCUGAGCCCACCAAAAUACGAACAUUCGCCUUGA